AUGUUAACAUCUCACAGCCUCAUCAUCAUAUCACGAUUGAGAUCAAAAAUUGCGGGCUAUGCUCAUUCCUCCUUGAUCCCAAACAGCAAGAAUGGGGGCCGUUUGAAGCCAGAUCACGAAUUGGCUCCCAUAGCCCGCCCAAAUGAUGAUAGCCCCGAGAAAGAAAUCAACCAAAGCCGCGCGCCAAUCCACGCGUGUCCUCGUACCGUAAUCCGUCGUUCUGUUGGGAUCGCGAGGGCCGUUGGGCCAAUCGAUGAUCUCGUUAUCGAUCAACUAGUGAUGAGACGUUUGAGGCUCGGCAGGGAUAGCGGAGACGCCAGCAGAGCACUCCUACGCAGACCGACGUCUAUGUAUCGGGGAUUCGAACAUACACGACGAGUGAGGAGAUGCUCGUAG